AUGAGUUUUAAUAGUGCUUUUCGAAAUGCUACUUUAGAACAGUUCUUAGCACAUCGUUCUGGUGUACAACAAAGUACUACUUUCUACCGUCUUCACUUGGAUGCAUUAUCAGCACAAAAAGGUACCUUUCGUCAAAUUCGUUAUUGGGUUACUGAAACUGUUCUAAAAGAUGUUCCAGAAGUUCGACCUGGUGAAUUUCUUUAUGCUAAUCAAGGUUAUGCUGUUGCAGCUGCUAUGAUGGAACAAAUAACUGGUCGAGAUUGGGAAUCUCUAGUGCAAGAACAUGUCUUUGCUCCAUUGCAAAUGACAAGUGCUACUAUUGGUAUAGGUUAUGAUGACAUUAUUCCACCUAAAACACCAGUUGGUCAUGAUCUACCUCUUGAUAAACAGAUACCUAUUCCACGUCCGGUUCUUAGUUCUACCCUACUACAUAAUGAUCAAGCUGCAACAGGACCUGGUGGUUAUAUUGCUUGUACAAUGCAAGAUUGGGUUAAAUUUUUACAUGCACAUGUAAUAGGUGUUAGUACUGGAUAUUUGACUGAUGUAACAGCAGAUAAGCUUAAACGUCCAUUUAUAGGUGUAGAAGGUUAUGGUUUAGGAGUUUCAGCUUACAAUCGUACAUGGGCAACGCCUGGUCAAGCUCUAGUACAUAGUGGAGAUAUUUUCGGACAGGAUACAGUCUUUUGGAUGACUCCUGGUCGUGAUUUAAUUGUGGCUGCUUAUACGAAUUGUUUAUCAGUUGAUAAAUCUACUGGAUUAGCUUUAGACAAUGCUGCCGGCAUGCUUAUUGGAAGAUAUGCUGCUAAUACAACAACGAGUAAAGCAUUUGUCCAUGCUCCAGUUAUACUUGAUCAUUUGUCCAUUUUUCCUCGUGGUGUAUAG